UCCGGCUGCGCUGUGUGUAUUUCAUUAGCAAAUCAUGUGUAAUCAAAUUACACAGCCUAACCUCAUUCUCACUCUCAUUCUCGUUUCCAAAUGAUUUGAGACACAUUGCUAGAUAUUUAACUUCAACUAAAGCAAGUAUGUCUUUAGAUAACGUACGUUUAGCUCUAAUUUAAGAUGAUAUCAAAUGGAAUGAAUUUUGUGUUGCCUUGAAUACAGCUGUAAUAUUUAAUUUCCUGUCCUGAGAUCAGAUUAAAUGAUUUGUACCCUGGGGUGCAGGACAUUCUGGGUUUGUUAAGACUGUAAGAUGAGACAUUAUGUACAUAGCAGAAGUGUAUAAAAUAUAUAAAGUAGAGACUGGGAUCUGGUUCCCAGGCUAUAAGUAGUUUUUGAGGUGGGGGGAAAAAAAAAAACCUCCUGAGAUCAUCAGAAACUUUAGUUGAAAUAAUGUCUCGUCUCUAUGGGUCUCUUGUUUUAUUCUGCUUUCUGCCGUCUGUAGGUGAGUAACAAAAAAGGAUGAAGAUGGGGAAAAAAUUGCCUCUGUUCUGUUACAAGUGCGUGGUUCCUGCUAUCACACCUCUGCCUCUGGACUGUAUCGGUAUCCCUACACUUUGUCCUCCAGGACAGAGCUGUCUUUCCAUCAAGGCCACUGCACAGAGAGGGAACGUUCAGGUGGUCCUACGUGAAAAGAGUUGUGGUCUCCCAUCGGUUUGUGGGCACUCCGGAAAGAAGUUUGUGAUGGGUUUAAACUUCACCUUCACCAAUGAGUGCUGCGAUUCAAACCUGUGUAACGGAGCUGCAGUCCCUCGGAGCAUCUUCUCCAUCAGCACCCUGCUCUGUCUUGUUCUUCCAUUUGUGUUUUUUGUCUAAAGGAAUAAUACUAUUUCUGAGAAAUAAGAUCUGACGUUGGUACUUUUUUUUUCAUACUAAGCACAUGGAUAUCAAAAUAUGGAAAUUUACUGUUUCUUUAGUGAACACUUGAAAUGCUGUUUGAAAAAUUUAGUGGUUUUGCAAAAAGAAUAAACUCUUCAAACCUCUGAAUUUUCUGCAGGCCUCGGGGCUAUGAUCAUGAGCAUCACUUACCUGAUACUACCCUCUUGUGGUAAAAUGUUGAAACAUGGAAAACCUUAGGGAAUGUCCUUUGUUUUGCCAUGUUCUUUGUUUUCAGCUACCUUAAGAUUGAGUAAAUGCUGUUCCACAGACAUGUAUAGUGUGUACCGUGGUCAUGAUUAAAAAAUACAUUGAAGUAACAUGUAUAACAGUAGAAACAUUAUACUAUAACUACAAUCAAUAGAAUCUAUCAAUUAUAUAGAAUUGUACUGCAUCAGUGUAUUUUCUUGUGUGUCAGUGACUUGGCCAUCGUAUUAGCUGUUCUGUAUUUAUGAGAACUUAUACCACAGCUCUGUUGAGUCCUGUUUUGCUUUUUUCUUGUUUUGUUUUGUUUUGUUUUGUUUAUGGUGUUUAUGGAAGGAGUCUCCAGUGUCAGAGCUUUGUAACAGUCAGAGGUAAAGCUACUGUAUAACUUUAAGCUUCAUCUUUUUGUCACAUUGAGAGUGAGAGAGGGAUGCUGGUGAGGGAAUGACUGUUUAUAGCUAGUAUGUAAGUCAGAAUAGGAACUAACUUGACAUUUCAGGACAGUAAAUGUAGCUAGAAACAUUUAGAAAUGAAACGUGUGAUGUGCCAUGCUUUAA